CAACAUCUCAGUCAACAUUUUAACUCUACCACUACAACCUCUUAUCCAGCAAUGAAUCAGCACUUUGGACACUCCCUGCGAGAGGAAGCAAGUUCAGCAGAGGAGGGCUGACAGAGCUCCCCCCUCUCAUGACUCACUGGAAAGGGAAACCAGUUAGUUCUUGUUCCUCCCUGCAGAGAGACAGACGGACUGAAAGACAGACGCUCAGAUUCACCUUCAGACCAAACUAACACCUUCCUCUGAGUUCAGCUCCAGGAGAGAAAAGAGGGAGCUACAACACUGCUGCUUCAACCUGCUGACCCCCCCACACUGAAGCUCCACUCAGAGACAACAUGGCUUCCAGGUUAGAGGCAGAGCUCUGCUGUCCGGUCUGUCAGGAAGUCUUUAGAGAUCCUGUCAUCCUGUCCUGCUGCCACAGCUUCUGUAAAGCCUGUCUGCAGAACUGGUGGGAUGGGAAAGAAGUGAAGGAGUGUCCAGUUUGUAAGAGAAGAACUUCGAAGGAUUUUCAACCUCUUAACUUUGCUUUGAAGAACCUGUGUGAGGCCUUCUUGCAGGAGAGAGAGCAGAGGUCUCCAGAGGCUCUCUGCAGUCUGCACUCUGAGAGACUCAGACUCUUCUGUCUGGACCAUCAGCAGCCAGUGUGUCUCGUCUGCAGAGAUUCAGAGAAACACACCGACCACAGAUUCAGACCCAUCGAUGAAGCUGCACGACAACACAAGAAGGAGCUUCAGGAAACUCUGAAACCCUUAAAGGAGAAACUAAAGCUCUUUGAACGAGUUCAAGUGAAGUUUGAUCAGACAGCAGGACACCUGAAGGUCCAGGCCCGACACACAGAGCUGCAGAUUAAGGAGCAGUUUAAGAAGCUUCACCAGUUUCUAGAAGAGGAAGAGGAGGCCAGGAUGGCUGCACAGGAGGAAGAGGAGCAGAAGAGGAGGAUGAUGGAGGAGAAGAUGGAGGCUGUGAGCAGAGAGAUCGCAGCUCUUUCACACACAGUCAGAGCCACAGAGGAGGAGCUGAGAGCUGAAGACGUCUCCUUCCUGCACAACUACAAGGCUGCAGUGGAGAGGCUGCAGCGCCCCCUGCUGGAGGAUCCACAGCUGCCCUCAGGGGCUCUGAUAGACCAGGCCAAACACCUGGGCAACCUCAGCUUCAACAUCUGGAGCAAGAUGAAGGACAUGGUGUCCUACUCUCCUCUCAUCCUGGACCCAAAUACUGCUCAUCCAAACCUCAUCCUGUCUGAAGAUCUGACCAGAGUGAGACGAGGAGAGAGACAGAAACUUCCUGAUAAUCCAGAGAGGAUUGAUAAAUACUGCUGUGUCCUGGGCUCUGAGGGCUAUAACUCAGGGACUCACAGCUGGGAUGUCCAGGUUACAGACAGUACAGACUGGCGACUGGGUGUGUUAGCAGAAUCUGUCCAGAGGAAGGGACUCAUAGAUUCUGGAUUCUGGAGAAUAGGUUUCUAUAAAGGUAAAUACUCAGCACGGUCACCAUCAGAUCCACGCACUCCUCUCCUCCUGCAGAAGAAGCUCCAGAGGGUCAGAGUGAAUCUGGACUGGAACAGAGGAAAGCUGUCGUUCUCUGAUGCUGACACUAACACACACAUACACACCUUCACACACACUUUCACUGAGAGGAUGUUUCCAUACAUUUUCACUGUGGAGGAAGUGAAGGUAUCACCCGUGGAGGUGUGUGUGACAGUGGGUCAGAGCAGCUAGAGAUGAACAGGAUCAUUAUCUCUAUGAGCUUUAUCUCUCAAAGGGAAACACUCUGACCUCUGAAGCCGCUCCUGUCCUCCUGCCGUCUCUUUAUUCUAAACAUGUCUUUAUUUUUGUUUCUCUCCUGUUUUUGUUGUUGUUGAGUUUGAUAUUCUGCUCUUUGAUUACACUGUCAACCUUUACUAAAUGGAAACACGUGCAUUUAGCUGACACUUUUAUCCCAGUGGCAUAAUGUGUAUCCAAUCUGCUGAACGGCUUCCUUUAGAGGAAAGAAGAGAUGAAUAUAUUUCACAUUUUCAGAGAUCUCACCCAGAUUCAGAUCUUUAAGUCGGUUAUAGUUUAACCUUCUGUUUCAUUGAUUGCAUGUCCUUCUAAAUGUGUGAUUUGUGCAAAAAUAAAUAAAGCAUUUAAUCCAACAAGA